CGCGUUUCACGGCGGCGCGGACAGAGAGCCAUCGGCGGCGCACCGACCGCCGGCGAAGGGUACAGAGAUGAAGACGGUUAGCCUCGGCGCCUCUAGGCCUUCCACUGUCAACUUCCGCAUGCCGACGAGGGACAACCUCGUGCCUAUACGCGUCGACGUCGAGGUGGACGGCCAGCGCUACAGGGACGCCUUCACCUGGAACCCGCGAGAUCCCGACUCGGAGAUAAUCAGCUUCGCUAAGCGGACGGCCAAGGACCUCAAGCUGCCGGCCAAUUUCGUCCCCCAGAUGCUCCAGUCCAUCCAGGGGCAACUUGCGGAGUUCCGUUCCUACGAGGGGCAGGAGAUGCAAAUCAAAGAGAAGAUUGUGCCUCUGAAGAUUGACCUCCGAGUGAACAACACUGUAAUUAGGGACCAAUUCUUAUGGGAUAUCGGCAACCUUGAUAGUGACCCUGAAGAAUUUGCGAGGACACUGUGUGAUGAUUUGAAUAUUACAGACCCUGAAGUUGGGCCUGCAAUAGCUGUUUCCAUCCGUGAGCAGCUUUAUGAGAUUGCUAGUCAGAGCGUCUCUGUUAUGAGAGAGAAGCAAAUGUCAAAGAAGGGAAGGCGAGCACCAGAAUUUUCUUCAAAUAGUAAAGCCGUGAACAAUGCAGUGGAUUUGUUCAAGUAUUUUGGCAGCAAAGGGAGCGUCAUCCGGAAAAGGAAGGAAUGGUACCUGUAUGAGCCUGUUGUUGAUGUGGUAGCUAAUGACGAAGACGGGAAAGAGGAGGCUAAUAAUUCUAGCAGGCCGAAGAAAAGAGCCGACGAAGAGAAAGCUGCAAGCCUUCAGUCCCUUUGAACACAAGCUGCUGAUAGUUCUAACCAAGGAGGGUUUCUCUUGCCAAUCCCAGCAGAUGCCUGCCUUUGACAUUCGUCGUAGGAUGGCUUCAUCAUAGCUACAUAUUUGUAUGUAAGCGGUGUGAGAGCGUGUUAUUCUCUAGAGUUGAGUUCCACAAGAGUCUUCUCUAGAGUUGAGUUACAAGCGGCUCUUAAUUUCUCUACACAAGACAAGGAAGAAACACUAGCUGUAGAAUUCCAAAAGGCUCUUAAUUUCUCUUAAUUUGUCUACUUGCAUACCUUUUGGAGAACCUCUAUGUUUUCUUGGAUCACCAGCUUUAGGAGAAGGCUUCUUUGUUGCACUUUUUGAUAAGAGCAUGUUGAUUCUUGGAG